AUGUAUUCAAAAGGUCUCCCAUUUAACACUGUGAAUGAUCCUUAUUGGUUUCCUAUGAUAGACAUUGUUGCAAACUUUGGGCCCGGGUUUAAGCCUCCAUCUAUGCACGAAUUGAGGACAUGGAUUCUUAAAGAAGAGGUGAAUGACCUAAGUAUCAUUAAGGAAGAUCACAAAAAAGCUUGGAAACAAUAUGGAUGUUCAAUUACGUCAGAUGGUUGGACAGAUGGAAAAAGUAGGUGUCUUAUCAAUUUUUUGGUGAAUAGUCCUGCUGGCACUUGGUUUAUGAAAUCAAUUGAUGCUUCUGAUACAAUAAAAAAUGGGGAAUUGAUGUUCAAAUAUGUUGAUGAGGUGGUUGAAGAAAUUGGAGAGGAGAAUGUUGUGCAAGUCAUCACUGAUAAUGCCUCUAAUUAUGUGAAUGCUGGAAUGAGGCUUAUGGAAAAAAAGAGUAGAUUGUGGUGGACUCCUUGUGUUGCUCAUUGCAUUGAUUUGAUGUUGGAGGAUAUUGGAAAGCUAAAUGUUCAUGCUACUACACUUUCUCGAGCUAGGCAAGUUGUGAAGUUUAUAUAUGGGCAUACUUGGGUUCUUAGCUUGAUGAGAACAUUUACAAAAAAUCAUGAACUUAUUCGUCCAGCAAUUACACAGUUUGCUACUGCAUUUCUUACUCUCCAAAGUCUUUAUAAUCAAAAGCAAGCUCUUAUAGCAAUGUUCUCCUCGGAAAAAUGGUGUUCAAGCACAUGGGUUAAAAAGAUAGAAGGUGUGAAAACUCGAAGUACAGUGUUGUUUGAUCCAAAUUUUUGGCCUCAUGUUGCUUUUUGCAUAAAGACCACUGUUCCAUUAGUUAGUGUCUUGAGAGAGGUUAAUUCAGAGGAAAGACCAGCCAUGGGUUAUAUUUAUGAGUUGAUGGAUUCAGCUAAGGAGAAGAUUGCAUUUAAUUGUCGGGGCAUGGAGAGAAAAUAUGGCCCAAUUUGGAGAAAAAUUGAUGUAAGAUGGACUUCGCAACUUCAUCGACCUUUACAUGCAGCAGACUAUUAUCUUAAUCCUCAAUUGCGGUAUGGAGAUAAGUUCUCUAAUGUUGAUGAAGUGAGGAAGGGAUUAUUUGAAUGCAUGGAUACGAUGUUGGAUUAUCAAGAACGUUUAAAAGCUGACAUUCAAUUGGACUCAUAUGGCCAAGCAAUGGGUGAAUUUGGGAGUCGUAUUGCAAUUGAUUCUCGAACAUUAAGAAGUCCUACAAGUUGGUGGAUGUGUUUUGGGGGUUCAACACCGGAGUUGCAAAAGUUUGCUAUUUGAGUCCUUAGCCUUACUUGUAGUGCUUCGGGAUGUGAAAGAAAUUGGAGCACAUUUGAAUCGGUAAUACUUCUAUUUUUGUAAAUUUUUAUACAUAUAUUUCUAUUUCAAUGUUAGAGAACUUUAUUUCAUUUUAACACAUAAAAUUGUUUCUUUUAUUAUUUGUAGAUCCAUACAAAAAAGAAAAAGAAAUAGACUUGAACAUCAAAGGUUGAAUGCUCUAGUAUAUGUAAGGUACAACACUAGAUUGAGAGAGCGAAGUCUACAAAGGAAACAAAAUGUUGAUCCAAUCUUGGUAGAGGAGAUUGAUUCCGAUGAUGAAUGGAUUGCGGAAAAAGAAGAUCUCCUCCUCCCCCUUGAUCUUUGUUGGCUUCAAGAUAAUGAAUUAUUCAAUGUUGAUGCCAUUAGAGUUGUGUCAUCCAACUCCCAAGAGACGCAAGCAUCAUCGGAUCAUAUGGUUUCUUCACAUUCCUACAAAAGGAAACAUAAUGAAGUACCAAGUACAAGUGGAGGCAAAGGCAAAGAGAAGGAAUUGAAUUUGACACCAAUUGAUGAAGAUGAAGAUUUAGAUGAAAUGGGGAUACAUGAUAGUGGACAUUUUCCUACUAUUGAUACAUUGGAUGAGGAUGAUGAUGACCUUGGAGAGGAGGAUUUAAGUUGAAACAAUUUACUCUAGUUGUUAUUUCAUGACUUAGUUAUGGAUUUUUUGUAAAAGUUUAGAACUAUUAUUAUGGUUGACUCUAUUUUCUAUUUCAUGACUUAGUUAUGGCUU